UUCCGUGCGCUCGGUCAUAUGAUCUCGGUGAAAAAAGGGCGAGUCGCGUGAGUCCCCGUUUCGAUUUUGACGGAUCUGCCUAUUGUACGGACGUGCUCGGGAGAAAUCUUGCUCCAAGAUGAAGGGCUGCAUGUUCAACAUCGACGGUGGCUACUUGGAGGGCCUGUGCCGCGGUUUUAAAUGCGGCAUACUCCAGCAAAGUGAUUAUCUGAACCUGGUUCAGUGCGAAACGCUCGAAGAUCUGAAGCUGCAUUUGGCUGGUACGGACUAUGGCAGUUUCUUGGCCAAUGAACCAUCUCCGCUUUCUGUCAGUGUGAUCGAUGACAAGUUGAGGGAGAAAUUAGUUGUGGAAUUUCAACAUAUGCGUAAUCAUUCAGUCGAGCCGCUUUCACAAUUUCUAGAUUUCAUCACUUACAGCUAUAUGAUUGACAAUAUCAUUCUGCUGAUCACUGGUACUUUGCAUCAAAGACCUAUCUCAGAAUUGAUUCCAAAGUGCCAUCCACUUGGUAGUUUCGAGCAGAUGGAAGCGAUUCAUGUUGCUGCUACACCUGCUGAGCUGUAUAAUGCUGUAUUAGUAGAUACACCUUUAGCGCCAUUUUUUGUGGAUUGCAUUUCUGAGCAAGAUUUGGAUGAAAUGAAUAUUGAGAUAAUAAGAAACACGCUUUACAAGGCGUAUUUAGAAGCAUUUUAUAAAUUUUGCAAGGAACUUGGUGGCACAACUGCGGACACUAUGUGUGAGAUACUUGCUUUCGAAGCGGAUAGAAGAGCGAUCAUUAUAACCAUUAAUUCGUUCGGGACUGAAUUGGGCAAAGACGACCGUGCGAAAUUGUAUCCACGUUGCGGACGUUUGAACCCAGAUGGAUUAGCAGCUCUAGCAAGGGCCGACGAUUACGAACAAGUCAAGGCUGUAGCGGAAUAUUACGCCGAAUACAGCGCCUUAUUUGAGGGAGCCGGCAAUAAUCCUGGCGAUAAAACCUUGGAAGACAAAUUCUUCGAGCACGAGGUUCGUUUAAACGUUCAUGCGUUUCUUCAACAAUUCCACUUUGGGGUAUUCUACAGCUACCUCAAAUUGAAAGAGCAAGAAUGCCGUAAUAUUGUAUGGAUCGCAGAAUGCGUAGCUCAAAAGCAUCGUGCUAAAAUAGAUAAUUACAUCCCUAUAUUUUAAAUUAUACGAUCGAACCAGCAAUGUCAGUCAUCUAUAUUUACUUUCGCAAUACAAUAACGUUUAGAAUAAACCAGUUGAUCAUGAUCCGUAAUCCACUUUCGAGCGGUCGAUUAUUCCUUCGAGAUCCGAGAUACAACACAAAAUUAUAUCAGUUGAAUUAAUCUGUCAGUUGUUCUUCAAAACUGUUUAAAAAAUAACACUCCUACGGAGGUUUGUUACAUAUUUUAAAUCAUUUUAAAUACCAUAUACAAGUAUUAUAUAUCGAUAUGCACGCAUAUGUCGAGAAUUAUUUAGAAUUGUUAUUGUCACGCAUAUUACCAGAGUUUAAAGUUCCCUCGCCGUGGCUAUCUUGAUCAAUGACGUCAAAUGCGGAGAAAUACACAAUAAAAAUUUGAAACGCUAAAAAAAAAUCCUCCAAGUCAUUAAUCAGAAUGACGCAGCGAGAGUGUCAAAAAUAGUGCAGUAGAAUUUGUGUACAUAGUGUAUUUUAUUGUAAUCGCCAAUGCAAUUCAUUGUCACGUAUUACUUCACGUUGUAAUUACUAAUUCGAAAAUUGUAAUAUAAAGUAAUAAAAAUAUACAGCAUUCCAUAUGA